AGGAGGCCACCCUGGGGCAUCUCAGCCUGAAGUCAGCCCAGGUCACCGGCACCUCCUCAUGGUGGGCAGCGUGUGGGCAGCUCUGGGGCUCGCCCUCACCUGCGUCUCGGCCCUCAGCCUCAUCUCCCCGGCCUGGCUCGAGACCCCCACCUUCUCCUUUGGCAUCCUCGCCUACUGCUCGUGGCCUCCGGGCGACAGCUGGAACCAGAGCUGCGAGACCUUCCGGUCCCUGCAGGAGAUUCCCGACUUUGCCUGGAAGGUGUCAGCCGUGAUGCUCCUCGGAGGCUGGCUCCUGCUGGCCUUCAAUGCCAUUCUCCUCCUGUCCUGGGCCCUGGCUCCCAAAGGGCUGUGCCCCAGGAGGGGCAGUGGCCCAAUGCCUGGGGUGCAGGCAGCGGCAGCUGCCGCAACCAUCGGGGGCCUGCUGAUCUUCCCAAUCAGCCUGGCCUCCCCAUUCGCCAAGGAAGCCUGCGAAACCUCCUCCCUCUACCACGGUGGGAAGUGCCAGCUGGGCUGGGGCUACGUGACGGCCAUCUUCAACGCCGUCCUGUCCAGCCUGCUGCCCGUCAUCUGGUGGCCCCGUGAGACCAAGGCCCGGGGAAGGGUCAUCGUGUUCUCCAGUGACUCCGAGAGAGUCAUCCUCGUGCCAGAAGCGAGCAAAUGA